GGACAUUGGUGUAAUGUAUGAAUGUUUCCUUGUGGAAAGAUGUCUUCCAGAGAUUUAAAAUCAAUGUCUCAAGAAGAUAUGCGUAAAAUGCUUUACCAGACAUUUAAAAACAAAGGCAUUCAGAAUUCAGUAAAGGCUCAACUGAGAAACCAGCUUAUCUCCCUGCUGAAGCAUUCUUCUGUCACUGGAGAAAUAGGGCAGCCUUCUGAUGCGCACCCUGACUCACUGCUACACAGAGCGUCCAACAGCCUGGUGGUAGACCACUUGAGAAGAUGUGGCUAUGAGUACUCACUCUCUGUCUUUUAUCCAGAGUGUGGAAUGGAAAAAGAAAACGUCCUUACCGUAUCUGACUUACUACAGCUGAUGAAGAUCAACCCACAAUCUGGGCUCUACAAGUCACUGAAUUCACAUUUUCUGGAUAAAAAUGCAAAAGGUUUCCUAUUUCAAAUGCUAACAGAGUUACUGCAUUAUCAUCUACAUAUAGAGGGCAGACAUGCUGCAACCCAAACAGUCACAGCAUCCCUAUAUAAGGAGUCUGUUGUUGAGAAACUUCAGAGUAUUGAUGAGCAAUUUGAAGAAAUCUACCCAAGACGUCAAAAAAUUGAGUCUUUGGAAAGCAAACUGUCUGAAUAUCGCAAAGAAAUGGAGGAACAGCUCAAAAAUGAAAUGUCUCUGAAGUUGCAACACUUUAAAGAUGUUGAAAUAGCUAAAAUUAAGUUAGAGGAAAAAGAAAAAUCUCAGAGAGAGAUGUCUGACUUCCGACGUGAAUUAGAGAAGACUUAUGAGGUAAAACUGGGCGGUCUGGUGUCACGGGAGAAGAAUGCUAUUGAGAGACUUCAGAGACAGCAAGAGAUAGAAGGAAAGGAAAUUUAUGAACAGAGACAGGCCCUGCUGAAAGACAUUGAGUUGGUACGAAAGAGAGAGACUGAGCUUCGUCAACGAACUGAAACCUUUGAAACGACCCAGCAGUUGCAAGAGGAGAAUGCUAAACAUGUAAAAGAUCUGCUGAAGAAGAGAGAGUUGGAAGUAAAAAAGAAUGAAGAUACUUUUGAUCAGAAACUUAAAAAUGAGUUAUUACGAUAUCAAAUUGAAAUGAAGGAAGAAUAUUUGAAAAGAUCUCAGAAAGUUAUUGAAGAUGAGAAAAGAAAUAAAGGCGAGACAGCAAGAUUACGUGAAGAGGCCAUUGUGAUCAACAUGAAAAAACAAGAGUUGGAACAAGCAAUAUCUCGUACAAAAGACCUAGAGAUAGAGGUUGAUUCUCUUAAAGCACAGUUGUCCCUACUUACCAGACAGAAUCACCAUUUGACUGACAAACUAAAAGAGACAGUUGACUAUUCCUUGAUAAAGGAGGAAAAGGUUGAACUCCAUACGAAAACAAAAAUGUUCCAAAAACAAAUGGAGGAGCUUCAAAGGGAAAAUCAACUCCUGCAAGAAAGAACAAAAUACCCAACCCCUGAAUAUGUUGCACUUCAGAAUGAACUAAAAAAAGUGGAGGAUGUUAGAAAACUGGACCACAAUGAACAUAAAUCAAAGCAGGAACUCUUAGAGAAACAGCUAAGAAAGGAGGUUGAACAUUGUGAAGAAUUAAAGGCACAGUUGAUAAACAGUGAGGAAUUGAUAAGAAGAUUGCAAACACAAGUAGAAGAGCAGAAUGUCCAACUACGACAAAUGCGGAUAGCUCUAGAAAAUGAAGUGUAUCGCAAUCCCAAGCCAUCCCUGGUUGACCGUUCUGUGCUAGACAUCACCGCUGACAAGAUUGUGCCCCCUGAUACUUAUGUUGAUAAAGCAAUCUUGAAACACCAGCUUUUAUUUGAUUCCUUUAUUGAAGCAGGUGGCAUGCCAAAUGCACAGUAUAGUCGGCCUACAGGAACUCAAACCUCCUCCUCACAGGCAGACCUUGCAUUUGUAACCAAUAGCAAAGCUCGAAUCAAGGAACUACAAAAAGAGGCGGAGCACUUGGAGGAAUUUUAUCGUCAGCAUAAGUUUAUCUAUGGGACUGCACUUAGGAACAGCCCUAAAACCACUAUUUCACCUUCAAAAGAGUUCUUAAAGACAUAUUCUGUUGCUCCCGUGCAUAAGAUAAAAUUUUCUGAAAGCAACCUUACAACACAACAAGAAAUCCUUUUAACCAGAUUGAAAAAACAGUAUGAAGAAGAAAUUUCUACUCAAUCUGACACAACUCCACAUAAGACAAAGGUGUCCUCUUCACAAAGACUUUCUUCAACUCCAAAAUCCAAAGCUAAUAGAAACUUGAGUAACAGAGAAGAAUUGCUUUCCGGAGAUAAUGAUGGUUCGUAUAUUUCUUCAUCUCACCAUAGUCCAGAUAACCCACUUUCUCCAAUCCCAAAAGUUGAGAAAUUAUCUUUGUUUAACUGUGAAGUUCCUGAUCAUGUUUUUGAAGCUGGAAAGGAUUUGGUUUCUUGUAUGCCAGCUUCUGAUUUUCAUGAAGUUCCAGAUCAUUCAAAGCCACAAGUAUUAAACAUUGAUGAUCUCCAGCAUUCAAAUGCUUCUCAACAAGACCAGGACACCCCAGAGGAGAUUGAGAGUGGCAUGUCUCAUCUUUCAGAGAAUUCAGUCAUUGACAGUAAUGGCAAAAAAGAUGCCCCAGUUGCAGAUCCAGGCUCACACGAGGAGAAGAAAGCAGAACACCAUGAGAUUGGCCCGGCUCAUUCUGGGCACCCAUUAAAUGCAAAAGACCAGGACAUCCCAGAACAGCUUGAUAGUGACCUGUCUCAUUCCUCUGAGAAUUUGGUCCCUAGAGAUGUUGCAGUCGCUUCAUAUCCUGGCUCAUUGAAUAGUCUGGUUCAGCAUCAUACAGGCAUUCCAAACAGACCAGCACAAACAGAAGAUGAAAGCAGUCAGACUGACACACAACAGGAUUUUGAUCAAAAAGGAGAAUCUAAUGUUCCUGAGAAAGAAAAGGACCUACACGAGAAUUUUAUGGCAGUGGCUGAAAUAUCUGAAGAGCAGGAAGAAAAGGAUGAGGAAAACCAAGGCGUAAGUGAAUCCCCAGCUGUCCCCACUGUCAACGCCUUGGACAAGUAUAUGCAAAUGAUUCUUCAGAAUAAAGCUGUGCAACAGUCGGAGAAGGUUACUAAAGAAUCGCUAGAAGAUAGCUCUGUUGAAGAAAAAAUCUCUCAUGAAAGUAUCGCAUCUCCCUCUCACCAAGCAGACGAUGACUUCUGGUAAACAACCGCUUCCUCUUUGUGGGACAAAUCCAGAGAGUGUGACAGCAUUUCCACAUCAAAUAAAACCUGCUGUGCUGGUCACAUAAUUCACAGAUGAUCUUUAUUAUCGCUAUGGAUUCUAUAACUCUUGUGUUUUAACCCUUUAAUGGAAUGGUAACAUCAAACUGUGAAAAUGUCACUUUUUUUUAAUUAAAGUUGUAAAGUUCAAAUUGUAAGCUCUUAUGUGAAAUGUAGUAAAUUAUACUAGAUACGUUUACAGGUGUUUUCUAUUAUGUACAUUAUUAAAUGUAGCUAUGAUUCUAACACUUGUUAAUAUUUGUGUUGUUACAAAGUAUCUAACUUGAAAUUAAGUUUUAUUUAUUAUUUUUUAAGUUCCAUGUGGGAUGAUUUUACCAGUCUUUCUAACCAAUAGUUUGCUGUAAUUGUAUCAUAAAUAGCUUAAAGGAACAUAAAACCCCAAAAAAUGUUUCCAUGA